AUGUUAUCGGACUCCGUUGUUGGUCUGGUUGAUAAUUAUCGACCAAUGGAUCAGGGUAAAAUGCUCGAGGAAGCUAUUUUCUUCGUGAAAGAACAAUCUUAUUAUAUGAAAAAGGCCAUUGAGAUGGAAGAUGUAAGUAAUUCCUUGAAACAUGGCUCGAAUAUAAUUUCUGAGCUGAGAACUUCGUCACUUUCACCAAUACAUUACUACGAACUGUAUAUGAAGGUUUUCAAUGAGCUCGAAUACCUCGCAGAUUUUAUCGGAGAUCACGCCAAGAAAACGAAUAUUAUACCGGAAUUAUAUGUCUCUGUUCAGCAGGCAACAUUUAUAUUGCCGAGACUUUAUUUACUAGUUAUGGUAGGAGCACAUUACAUUAAAAGUAAGAAAGUUACCGCUAAGGAAAUUUUGGAUGAUAUUACUGAACUUUGUAAAGGAAUCCAACACCCAAUGCGUGGGUUAUUCCUAAGGUAUUACCUAGUUCAAAUCUGUAAGGAUAAGCUGCCAGACUCAGAUCCCGAUAAUGAAAAUGGAUUUAUAGACUCAUUCGACUUUUUAAUGAAUAACUUCUGCGAGUCGAUAAGACUUUGGAUUAGGUUAAACACGGCAGGAAAUGAUAAGAAAAAGCUUGAUAAGGAAAGGUUAGAAUUAGGACUUUUAGUAGGAGCGAAUCUAGUUAGAAUAACUCAACUUGAAGGCGUUGAUAUUAACUUCUACUCAUCAACUGCACUUCCCAGAAUUCUCUCGGAAAUCAAAUCUAUCGAUGAUAAUGUCGCCCAGAAAUAUUUAUUGGAUUGCUUAAUUCAGGCCUUUAGUGAUGAAUUCCAUAUACAAACUAUUGAUGACAUUUUAUCAGCUUGUGUAUCCUCAGUAAAGUCAGGUAAUUUUACGAAUGACAUAACUAUUAAUAAUAUAAAUUUUUGUACAUAUUAUCAUGUAGAUGGAGGUAUCUCGAUAUUGAUGACCAUGAUGAAUCGUCUGUCAGUGUUUCUGACAUCAAACCCUGAGUCACUACCUGAAGGAGUUGAUAUUUUUUCAACGUUCCAAAAGCAUUUGUCAACAAUUAACGUGGUGUACAACUUGAGCGUACAAGGUAAUCAGGAACCAGAAGGGCCUCAAGUUGGAAUAAAGGGUUAUUUAGACCUACAAGCAGCUUUUCUAGAAUUUAUAACCACACUUUAUCCAGGCACAGUUGAGCAUGUAGAGUUCGUGCUAAAUAAGGUUGUAGAAGUCCUUUCGAACAUUUUGGGAGACGUCGUGAUUGAAGGCCCAGCGGCAAACAGUAUAGUAAAGUUGCUCACAGUGCCAAUAAAAGCAUUGUCACUGAAGGCCUUGGAGCUUAGUUAUAAUGAGAAGCUGAUAUCAUUUUUGAGCUGGGAAAUGAGGAAGGAAAUGUCAUAUAACCUGAUAGACGAAUUGGUUACGACAAAUAUUUUAAUGGAUGAGUUGUCAAGUUUUGAGAUCUUUUUCAAUCUAGUCUCUCCUUUGUUUCUUCCAUUUGAUGAAGAAAAGGGUGAGUAUAUUUCUGACCAUCUUCUAGAAAAAAUUAAACUUGAGCAAUACCAAAUUUGUAAAUUAAUCCAAGCCAUCAAGUGUUCGGAUGUGUGUGAUCAAUUUUCGAUAUAUAAAGAUUUGACUGAAAGGAUAUUAAAGAGUGGAAGUCUCCGCAUGAAACAUACGUUACCUUGUUUGGUAAACUGUAGUUUAAGUUUACUCUUUUCAUCAUCAAAUCGAGAAUUCAGUCAAACUCAAAGCACACAAUUUCAGACUCCAAACGUACAGUUUAAGAACAUGAAAAUAUCAUUUAACCACGAUUUCUCAAUGGAAAUACUCAAAUAUAUACAUCAUCUAAUGGAAUUAUUACAACCCAUAUCACCCAAGAAAACAUUGAAACUACUAAUGCUUGUGAGUAUUAGUGUUGAUGAAUUUGCCAGAUCAUCAAUUGGAGUUUUCGGCGAGAAUACAAAGUUCAUGACCGAUAUGAAGAUGAUGUGUUUGGACUUUCUAAUGAAGGCAUGUAACUGUUACGAGGACGAGAUAUCGGGAGGAGAAAAUCAAGUUUACUGCAUAAAGUACAUGUGCUCUGCAGUGUCAAGCAGAAUAACAAUACUCGACAGCGAGGAUUACCUUAACGUGGCAAUGCUCCUGGCAAAGUAUGCACUGAACCUGAUCAGACUCACGCAAAGGUGUGAAGUGCUUUGUUGCGCAUCACAUUUGUUCAACUCUCCACAGUACUACAAUGAACAGAGGCUCGUCUGGUGCCUUGAAAAGUGCGUAACCUUGGUGGAAACUCUAGACUUUUACACACCUUCUAAGCUGGUAGAGUCACUAAUGUUCCCGCUGGAGACCUCGAAAUAUUUCAAGCUUAAAAACACAACAAAACUAGUACAAAACAAACUUGACAAACUUUCACAAUUACUACCCAAAGAUGAGAUGAAAAAAUAUGAAGAAAAGGUUAAAGCUCUCCAAGAAUAUACUAAUCUUUUAACCAAAUAA